CCCAAUUCAACAAUGUGCACUGCAUCAUACGUCAUAUCUUAUGCCUGUUGCUUGGCUUGUGUCCGUGACGUGACCCUGUGACCCUUGGCGUAAGCAGUGCCACCGCUCGGCCCGACCUAAAUUGCUCACUCCAAAGGUUUCGCUACCCAACCCAUCCUCUCUUGAUGCCACCUACCCCUUCGCUGGGCCCGCACUCCUCCCGCCUCAUAUACACGCUAUUCGCUCUCCUCCACUCGAGCCUCAAUCCUUACUCUUCUUCUGGCCGAACCCAUGUCCAUUCCAAACGAGCAACGACAUUCAAUCCUCAUUCUGUGCGCGCCCAUGUUCUUGCUAAGGAUUGUCGUCUGACCUGGGACUCACAGCCCAAGGACAUCGUUUUCGCAUGCCUCAUUCCGGUCCUCGUCCUCCUGUCAGGUGUCUUCGCCGGAUUGACUCUCGGGUACAUGAGUUUGGAUCAAACGCAACUCAAUGUGCUUUGUCUGAGUGGUACUCCUGAACAGCGUAAAUAUGCUCAGAAAAUCUUGCCCAUCCGCAAGAAUGGUCACCUACUGCUGGUGACACUGCUGCUCGCCAACAUGAUCGUGAACGAGACGCUCCCCAUUAUCAGCGAUCCGGUCCUUGGUGGCGGAGUCCAGUCCGUCGUUGUCAGCACGGUACUCAUCAUCAUAUUUUCGGAAAUCAUCCCGCAGUCGCUCUUCACCCGCUACGGCCUCUAUCUUGGAGCAAAGGCAGCGCCAUUUACGCAGUUACUCAUCUAUGCCUUGGGAGUCAUCUCGUGGCCAGUGGCCAAGCUACUCGAGUUUGUGCUUGGCUCACAUCACGGCAUCAUCUAUCGCCGUGCCGAGCUGAAGGAGCUCAUCGCCAUGCAUUCGGCUCAGGAACAUCACGGAGGCGAUUUGAAAAUGGACACUGUGGCUAUUAUCGGAGCCACCCUUGACUUGCAGGAAAAGAUCGUCCGAGAUGCUAUGACUCCUAUCGAGAAUGUGUUCAUGCUCUCGAUUGACGCUCGUCUCGACUAUGAUCUCAUGAAGAAAAUUGUCGCGUCUGGCCACAGUCGCAUCCCUGUCUUCGAAGAGAUCGACGCGCCCGCUUCAGUGCGCGUAGCGAACAGCAGUGUUACCAAAGUGAAGAAGAUUCUUGGUAUUCUUCUCGUAAAGCAACUGGUGCUCAUCGACCCCAAGGAGGCUCCUCCAAUCCACACAAUUCCAUUGAACACUGUUCCCUUCGUCUACAACAAUCAGACGCUUCUCGGUAUCCUAGACAAGUUCCAGGAAGGGCGCUCCCAUAUUGCCAUUGUCAGUCGUUACAGCGUGGAAAAGGUGCAGAAGGUACAGAAGGAGGUCAAGCGAGGCCUCACUCAGCGUUUGCGCGAGAAGGUUGGAAUGGGCGACGAUUCUGACGACGAGGCAGAAGAGACUGAGAAGAAAAAAGACACUCAGACGACCGAUGUCGAGAGUGGCAGUUCUGACGACAACGAAGAGGGCGACGUUGUGAUCAGAGACUAUGGUGCUGAUCCCCUGUCCGGAGUGCCUGUGAAACCGCCUAGUGGAUCGAGAUGGACCGGAUUGUCUGGAUUGGAGCAGAGCAUGCCCGCGGAUGCCGCUCUCAACAUCGCGGAUAUGGACCAGUUCUUCGCUGGAUUGGACACCUCUGUCAUGCCGGUUGGAAUCAUCACACUUGAAGAUGUCUUGGAGGAACUCAUUGGCGAAGAGAUAUUCGACGAAUUCGAUGCGGAUGGUGCGAAAGGAACUUACGUUCACCACCGCAAGCAUCUCGUGCCUAGCCACCACGGUUCUCCCGCUCUCGGCGCUCUUGCGGCCAACGAAAGGCCGCCUGCAGUGGGGACCCCUACCGGCGGCUUGCGCACGCUCAACUUCUUGCGGUCUCGCAGUGUUCCGCCUUCGCAACGGGACCCUGGCGAUGGCAAAUCCGCUGAGCCCCAAGCGCAGUCCAAGCCUGCGUUGAAGGAUGGACGCGAGCUCGAGCCGGAAGUACACACAGCUGAGGUACCCAAAGAUGCCGCGCCCGGCCCAGAUAUGCCUCUCGAGGCAGUUCUUCGGGCUGGAAUGGGCCGCCGUGGUCGUGUUGCAGCGGCUGGGUCGAGCGGGCCCCGCGGUCGAUUCAAGAGCAGCCCUCUAGAUGCUGGUAAGGGCGUUGAAACCGCCGGCCCAGCUGUUGAAGAUCCCCAAGAAUCCAAACCGCCUGAACAGUCUUGACCAUGUAGCACCCUGGUGUAUUUGUAGCUUUUGAUGCAGUCCUCGUUAUAAUGUCCGAUGCAACUAGAUCGUCAUUAGGCCUGGUAUGCCGGCGCAACAGGAUAUGGGCUAUGUGAAUCCGAGGAUGUGUCUACCUAGAUUUCGAUGCGCGGUCCACUCUUUAUUCACACGUUGUAGAUCAAAGUUCGAGUUCCUCUAUGGCGAUGAGGCGCACAGGCAGAUACAGACUUGCGCCAUUCCCCCAGAGAAGCGUUAACACAGAGUACCACAGUUUCUCACACAGUCGUAUAGGCCCUUCGGCUUGUACCACAGUUCCCCGUAGAAGCCCAGGCGCUCAUAUCCCACGUUCCUCAAUUUGGCGGAUGUGUGUUUGAAAAAAGGACCUAUGCCCAUCGAACCAUGAGAAGAUCAGCACGAAUACAUACCGUAACGUACAAUACGUACUUGUCCAGUGAAAU